GAACCUCUCCUCUCUUUCCUGGCUUAUCUUCUCGACCUAAUCCUCUUGUUCUUCUAAUUAUUCUUAACCUAAUUCAACCCUUGAGAUGUUGUGCGAAUCUAUUGUAGCCUAAUCUCUGCAGGUACACACCCCUAAGCAAUCUGGUACGGUUAUUAGCAAUAAUGCCGCCCUCGAGGCUUGUCGAGGGACCAAAGGUAUCAACCAGGUGGUGUAGGCUCUGGCUCCUAUCUAAGACCGAGCCCCAGGCUUAACCAGUUUUGUUACAAUUUUGUACUCAACCACUGCACACUACCUUUUUACCGAAAAACAAUCGAAAAUGAAACCAGUGUACUGAGGUUUUUCCCUUUACCCCAAAGCACAAAUCCUUCAAUUCAGAUUCCGGUCAGGCUCAGGUUUAGGUUUCAUUCUCUCUCUCUCAGUCUCUUCAACUAUUCAAUUUCGAUUUUCACAUAAAAUUUGAAAACCCUAACUUAGGGUUUCUCUAUAAUCAUCAUUUCACAUUCAAAUUUCUUCAUCAGGGCAUAAAAUCGAGUCAAUAUUAUCGAUUCUUUACUGCCCUAAUUCAAAAUGAACAGUGGGGAAAACUCAAGUUGUUCUGUAAAUGAAGAUAGAAUCAGCAAUUUACCAGAUGCCUUAAUUCAUGAAAUCCUAGCUUUCAUAGAUAUGAAAUAUGUUGUUAAGACUUGUGUUUUGUCUAAAAGAUGGAGAUAUAUCUGGACUUCUCUCCCAAAACUACGCUUCGUCUUCUACGAAGAAACAGACGAAGAGGAAGAGGAACAGGAUGAGGAAGAUAUUGAUUCGGACCUGGUUCAAAUGCGCUUUGUAAAUCUUGUCAACAAGGUACUCAGUCUUCAUGACAACUCUGAUAUACAUACGUUUUAUCUUGAUGCUUACCGAAAUUGGGAGAUUACACUUAGUGAUAUGUAUAGAUGGAUCGCCACUGUUGUCAGCCAUAAUGUUCAGGAGUUAUCUAUUGAUAAAGGCAUUGACAAAGAUUUUGAGAUUCCUGCUUGUUUAUGUGCUUGUAAAUCGUUGACAAAGCUGGAGCUGAGAUUGGAGAAUGGUUCGGAUUUGGACCACAAGGUUAUUCUACCUAGUGCAGUGAGUUUACCUCGGCUUAAAUCAUUGAGACUGAACUUCGGAGGAUUCUGGUUUGAUGAUGAAAAAUUAACAAAUAAGUUCUUUUCAAGUUUACCUACCUUAGAGUCGCUGGUAAUAAGACAGGGUGGACUUAAUAACAUGAACCUCAAUAUGUCUUUCCCUAACCUUACAUAUUUUGAAUUUUAUCAUCCAGUUGACCAGAGUAAUAAUGUUGAGGUCAAGCUGUAUGUUCCAAGUCUUACAUCCAUCAUUUUAAAAGGUUACAUGCCAGCAAUUUUCUUUCUAGAGGAUCUUUCAUCUUCAGUCAGUGCUGAUAUGCACAUAUGGAUUAAGAGAAAAAAUAAUGGGAAAGGGGUAUUUUUAGAGAUUCAUGCAGAGAGGAAAGAAAGUUAUACACAGCUUGUGUUGAGAUUUUUGAGAGGGCUUCAUAACGCUCGCGUCUUAAAAUUAAACAGUUCCUUCUUUGAGGCAUUAGGUGGAUCUCCUGAUAUAUUGAAGAGUCGGAAACUUCAGUUCCGUUAUCUAAAACUUUUGAAGCUCUCGGUGGGCCUCUCAAGGGACUCCAUGCGCACAAUAUUUUACAUGUUAAAGAUUUCUCCUAAUAUAGAGUCUCUCUACAUGAGAUUAGGACCAGAGGAUUCCCUCGAUAUUUCAGUGCAUCCAUUUUACGAUGAGGUAAAGUUAAAUUCGGAAAACGUAGGAGGGUUGGGUUUGCCAGACAUGGCAUAUUACCUAAAGUUUGUCGAGAUUAAAUAUCUCAAAGGAAGUGUCAAUGAACUGAAGUUGCUAGCAGACUUGUUGAAGCAUGCCACGGUCUUGGAGAGAGUGGUAUUGUGCAGCUUUUCUACCAAGGAAGAACUGAAACAGAAAGAGAAAGAAAUGGAGAAAUUUUACGAGCUGCUUCUAACAUUUCCUAAAGCUUCUACAAACGUCAUGAUAUCAUACUCAGUUUCUGAGGUCACGACUUUUUCCACUGCUUGAUGACUGACCACGAAAUGAGACCCUAAAAAUACCAGAUUCCAGAUUUUUAUAUAGAUGAUAUCUCUUAAUUUCUUUGCCUUGGCUCUGGUAAUUUCUCAAUUAAGGCGAUUCGUGUUUCGAUAUACCUUCUGAAGUUCUAGUGCUGGUUGUUUAUUUGUCUAUGUCCAUAUAAAUCAGCAAUUCUAUAAACUGAAAAAGUGUAUCACUAGCUUCAAUUGUGUCUCGUACGUUUUCUGCAAAAAUGAAAAUUCUUAUUAUGUCAGUUCACAUA